AUUAAAAUCAGAUUCGAGCAAAGAAUUAUUUGAUUUUUUGAGAAACGCUAGUGGAGAUGAUUAUACAAUAAUGUCCAAUAAUGAUGAUGACUACCCUGGUAUGACAGAUCAUUCAAUUGUGUCUAAUCAAAACAUUUCCAUUGAUAAAUCAUCUCAGAAUGAUGUUUUAGAUUAUUUAAAAACCAUAGAAAAUAAAAUCGAUCAACUUAAUACGAUUCAAUUUAACCAAGAGCAAAAUUAUCGAGAUGAAAAAAUAAUGACCCAUUUAAUAAUGAUAAAUGGAUCUUUAUCAAGACUAGCAUCAGUUGUGCACAGUAAUGCAAAACUUUUAGAAAAAAUAUUAAUGUCUGAUUGUCGAAUGCGUGCAUUAGCUAUGCCAGUACCAAAUUUGCCAUCUCCGUUCAUGCAGCUAUUACCAUCAACAAAUUUAGAAGACCUUGCCCUUGCUGAAGACUUAUUAUGUAAUAAUGACAAUAGUGAAUCAUUAAAGAAUAGGGAAGAAUUAGUAAGUCUUGCAUAAAAUAAAAUAAUAAUAAUAUUAUAUAAUGAGUACACAAAUAUUUAUUUCAGAAAACCUACAUAAUACUGAAAGUAGGAAAAUUGUCAUUAAGUGCAGCACUUAGAGGAGCAAUUGAUAUUUGUUUUACGUCUAAUGUUUUAAAACAUUUUAGUUACCGAGGAAAAACUAAAAAAAAGUUUAUUGAUUUAAGUCUCUAUACUAUCAUUUAUGGUAAGUUUAGAAUUUUUUAUUUUAUUUUAUAACGAAAUGGGCCAAAGAGCAAAAUAUGUAUUUUUUGGGUUGUAUUAAAUAGGUAUACGUUUUGAAUGGGAUAUUCUUAACCAAUUUUUAUCUAUAUUCCAGUGACAGAUCUAUUAGCCCCCCCCCCCCCAAAAAAAAAAUGUAAGCCCUGGAUCCACCACUGCUAUAUUGUUCGUUUAAUAUGUUCCAUAUAGUCCUCAUUUAGUGUCAUACUUUAAAAUAUAAAAAUUCUUAUUCAUCUAACAUUAUUUUAUUGUUAUAGAAGCUAUGUCCGGUUUUAUUACAAAUGCAAAUGAUGAAAAUACUUUCCACAAAGUAGCUGAUAACUAUAUUCGUCAUGCCCCGUCCAAAGAAAAAUGAAAAUAAUAAUACUUUGCGAGAUUUUUUUAGUGCGAGAAGCAUAU